AUCAAGUCCUUUCUUCUUCUCUGACUUUAAAUAUUCAGCGCUUUUAGCUCCUGUAUAAUUCUCUACUCAAGCACGUAUCACUCCCGAGCAGGCCUUUUUUUUUUGCGACACGAGAACUCGUUUGGUCAAUGCUCACCAAUUAGCUUGUCCAAAGCUACCCAGCUUUUGAUAUUGAUUGUGUUUAAGCUGCUUUCUGGCUCACAGUUUCACUCAAGCAUCAUUUCGAGGAAAACCUCUGGAAUCCUAAGCAUUGGUGAUAUGGAGCAAGUGAACGUUAUGCAUGGCCCGGAGGCAUCCCAGAUGCAGCCAGCGACCUCCAGACAGGCCUACUUUAUGGAGCAAGCUUUUGAAAUGGCUAGAAAAGCGCUUGAUACCGGCGAAACACCGGUAGGGUGUGUCCUGGUGUAUGAAGAUCAAAUAGUUGGAUCCGGUAUGAACGAUACAAACAGGUCCAUGAAUGGAACGAGACACGCUGAAUUUCUUGCCAUUCAGGAGAUGCUUCGCAAAUAUCCGCGAUCGGCACUCCAUUUAACGGAUUUGUAUGUGACUGUUGAGCCCUGCGUCAUGUGUGCCUCGGCCUUGCGGCAGUAUCGAAUACGAAGCGUGUAUUUUGGCUGUGGCAAUGAGAGGUUUGGGGGGACGGGCAGCAUCUUGUCAUUGCAUUCUGAUCUUUCGAUCGAUCCGCCUUAUCCUGUCUACGGCGGCUUGAAACACAAGGAAGCCAUAAUGUUACUACGACGCUUCUACAUCCAAGAGAAUGACAAAGCGCCAAAACCUCGUCCCAAAAAGAAUCGCGAGUUGAAUACAAAAUUUGACAAUGAUAUCGAAAGCGUUGACAAUACGUCAGUGGAAAAGUGAAAAUACAGCACCGAUUGAACUAGCCACCAGUCCUAACUGACAAAAAAUAACUAUACAAUUCCGUUCGCCUUGGCCACACGCACCAGUGGGUGGGAAGAGGGGUUGCGUCACAUUUAUGUUUAAGUAUACAGCUCCCUCAGUGAACGGCCGAGCUCAAGUGGUAAGACAAUCCAUUCCUCUCUGCGUCAAUCGAAACUUUAGGAGGAUCCGGCCUUUGCCAAGCGCUCUGCUUCAAGCUCCCGCUCCGCCUGUUGAUAGUAUUUGGCUGUAUCGACACCGUGCUUGUGCCAUAGUCAGUAUAUGGAUAGCGGAAUUAAAAGGAAGAUGCGGGGUCGGAAGGAAAUUGUCUAGGCAUCAAGAACCUACCUGGUCAUGGUUGACAAUGUUGAACCACGGAAGAACAUGAAUAAAGAGUUCUGAGUAACGCGAGUUUCUGGCGGCCACCCCUUGCAAGUAAGAGGAGACGGUUGAGGUACCAUACAAA